GAUGCUUUCACGCGGCAACACUGCACCGAUGUUCUUCCGGAUACUAUCCAAGUUUCCGCAAAGCUUUUCCUUCUGCUUUGCGUACGGAUCCGGCGUAAAGCAGCAGCUGGGAUACGAAUCCGUUCGGUCGAAGCGCAACAUGAUCGAUCUCAUAUACGUCGUGGACAAUGCGCACCGAUGGCACACGGCCAACCUGGACCAAAACUUUGAGCACUAUUCCAGCAUGCGCCUGCUUGGCGGUGGACUGAUCGCCAAGUAUCAGGAAACGUUUGGCGCACGCGUUUACUUCAACACGCUGGUACAAAUGCCCGAAGAAGACGUUAUCAUCAAGUACGGUGUAGUGUCCACAAAGGAUCUGCUAGAGGAUCUCACGGACUGGCGCUGCCUCUAUCUAGCCGGACGGCUUCACAAACCGGUCGAGAUCAUACGGAAUGCUUCCAGUUCGAAGAUACAGAACGCCAUCGAGCAAAACCUUCGUUCGGCGGUACACGCGGCCCUGUUGUUACUGCCGGAGAAGUUUACCGAGUUUGAGCUGUAUCGCGCAAUAUCAAGCCUCAGCUAUAGUGGAGAUUUUCGAAUGAUAUUUGGCGAAAACAAGGACAAGGUGAACAAUAUCGUGCGCCCGCAGCUGGAGAACUUUCGCAAUCUAUAUUCGGCUUCGGUGGAAGAGUUCCGCCACUGUCUGGAGCUUCCGAUCAGUGGAAGCGAUAAUCAAAUCUGCACACAGGAUCUGUCCGAAGCAUCGAUUCUGGCCCAUCUGAACGGGCUUCCAAAGUGGCCAAUAAGGCUAAUUGUGGAGCGUCAAACGAGCGGACGUUAUCGGCAAGACACGGAGGACAUUUUGAUAGGAGUUUCCCGGUCGACAAACUAUCAGUCCACUGUAUCAUCCUGCCUGCGGUCAAUUGUGUGGUCCAGUAGCGUUUGGCAAUCGAUUAAAAAUAUUCCAACGGCUGGAAUGGCCAAAUCCAUGCGCUACAGUUGGGCGAAAGCGUUAAAAACCUUUAGCUAAUAGU